UUGAGGCUACACACGUAUCAUCGCUGCAGCUGCCGAAGCUUGCAAUUAUCUGGAGGCCCAUCAUCGAUAUUGUCAGAAUUGUUUGACACUGAUCACUCUAUUUAUUACUUAGGGCGAAUCAAGACAAAUAAUUAUCUGAUAAUAUUUUGAAUUUUAAAGGUGACGUUUACAACUCUUCGUCAUCAUGGAGUAUAUGACGAUGUUGGCCGAGCCAGGCCUCAUUUCACAGCUCCUAGAAUUGAUCGACGACACAGAACCUACAGUCGUCAAGCGCACUAUACGUGUCUUCACCAACGUCUACCGACACUCACUUUCUCUUCUUGCGUCAGGCGUAUUGGAGCCUGAUAAGUACGAGCAAAGCUACGCCGAGAUCAGUGCAGUUUCAAAUAAGCUCAUCGGCAUGCUAAAAACUGCCGAUAAUGAGGGAAUAAUUGUCCAUCUAGUCCGAUAUCUGGAGGCUGCUCUCGUUACUCAUAUUCUUUCAGACUUGACUCAAUUUCCUCACAUCGCAAAAAUGACUGCACCAGUACUCAAGAAAGGCGUUGACGCUCUUCUAGAGUUCGUCAGAACUCCUUACGUCGGAGGCAGUGCUUUUUGCGUUGCAAUCCGGGCUCUAAUAUCUGUUGCGUGUUAUCAAGUCAACUUGCGCCCAUGCAUUACAGAUCUCGCAGAGUACCUUAUUAAUACUCCGCCACCGAAUUUGUUUGCUCACAACAUAAGGUCUUUCCACAAAACUUUACAGCGUAAUCUGUUUAGGCUUUUGAAACGAGCCGAAAGUGAUGCCGACAAGCAGAGACUAAUAGAUUUGAUGGUUCAAGUCGGAGUACCGAGAAGGAGACUCGUAGACUUUGCACCGAGACCAAAGAAACGUCUUUCACCACCUGUUGUUCAUGAACCUAGCACAAGCUUUCGUUUGUCACCGCCAGCUAGCAAAAGAAUUAAGCUUACCGAGGAGGAGAUCAGAAGAUUUUGCCCUACUCCGUCUAUUGAGUUAACUGCAAAUGAACUUCAAAGAUUCGGGCACCAGUCGUUACGGUCCGUCGCUAGAGGCAGCCCUCCCCUUGAAACUAACCUUAGUGAUGGGCCAAAAGUGAUACCUCUCGAGUCGAAGCCUAAAACAUCCGUGUCGAUCACGUCGAUAUUAGACCAAAUUCUGUCGGACAACAUUGUUACUCCUACCCUCUCUUCUUCAGAGUCGGGAAUGGCCCUAAAGAAAGCAUGCGGGAAAUUUUCCACUCUGGAACGGCGAUCAAACUCACCUUCCACGUCGAGGCGGAGCUCGCAAGAUGACGCAAAGUCAAUUGAAAUAUCUGAAUUGAGCUCCAAUGGUGAUAGGCGCAAGAGCAGCGAUUCGAUUGCCUCAAGUCCAAGGUCCCCAACGCCUCCUUCCGACUCACAAAAUGCAGUUAGCAACUUCGAAAAAACUAUUUUAAAUCUUAAACUGGAAAAUGAAGAAAAUAUUUCCAAAGGAGCUUCAGAAAUUCCUUUCUCGAUGACAUGUACAUUGAGGGAGGGAAUGAUCUACGAGAAACUGGAUUGCGCAAUGGUUGUUGAUAUUCUCCUAAGUUCUUCAACGAAACUACCCGAAGAAAUGCCACCCUUGCUUCAAAAAACAUUCAUUUAUGAUUUAAAAAUAAUGCGGGAGAAACUAGCCGUAGCUUUAUCUGCCUAUUUGCCAAAUGACUUAGCUUCGACCAAUGCUAAAAAUUCCAAAGACUUGGUUACUCCAUUGUCACUGCCUCCUAGGUUGGCUUCAGAAAUUCAAAAAAUGCUCUCAUCUGGAGCCUUCCAGAGGCCGUCUGAGAAGAAGUCUGAAGAUGAUAAAAAAGAUGAAGAUUACCACAAUUCCAAACUUUCUGACGACUUGCGUAGUGAUUCAUUGAGAGAAAAACAUUCUCCUGCUAGUGAAGCUUUUUUCUCAGGCAAAGAUGUUGACCUGCGUUGCGAACUUGGAAAUUCUGACAUUGAUAUGCGAGGCAACUCAAACUCAAAAAUUCGCCAAAGUACAUCAAACGGGAAAUCUUCGCUUCAAAAUUCACCCUUGAAUCAGGAAAUAGGUUCUCCAACCUCACCAGACUCCCCUGAUCCACCUUCAUUCGAUCGAGAUCCAAGGCUAGCAGCAAGAUUGCUUGAAUCUCAAGAAAAUACAGACCCUAGGUUGAGGAAGAACAUUCAUCGAGAUUCUCUUUCUCCCUCAUCAAAUCCGCCUCAAAUAAACUCUGAAACAUCUUCUAGGGAUCCGCGUUUAUCUCGGAAACCUGGAAUGAUGAACAUGAACGCUCUCGCUGAAGUUUCUUUGCUGGGUUCAUCGUCUUGCGCCUCCGGAGUGCCGUUGACUAAUGGCGGCCAAUAUUUGUCCGCAGAAAAUUUUAGCGCCUCCGAAACGAUGCCAAAUGUAUUUAACAGAGAUCCCAGGAUAAAUCCUGCCGUGCGGGACCCUCGGCAGGUGCAAGAUAGUAUCAACAGAGAUCCUCGGAGCAUCCCUCAAACGGCCGAGAAUUCUCGUGACCCUCGGAUCAAAUUUAGCCAAAACAUGCAAAGUUCUGAGCCUCCAAUUCCGAAUAUCGACCCUCGAAUAAUGUCAAAUAUUGACCCAAAAAUUAUGUCCAAUGUUGAUCCGAGAACAAUUUUGCCUAAUGUAGAUCCUCGUCAGGCACCUAAUGUAGAUCCUCGUCUGGCACCGAAUGUUGAUCCUCGUCUGGCAUCGAAUGCAGAUCCUCGUCAGGCACCGAAUGUAGAUCCUCGUAAGUUACCGAAUGUAGAUCCUCGUCUGGCACCGAAUGUAGAUCCUCGUCUGGCACCGAAUGUAGAUCCUCGUCAGGCACCGAAUGUAGAUCCUCGUCAGGCACAGAAUGUAGAUCCUCGUCAGACACCGAAUGUAGAUCCUCGUCAGGCACCGAAUGUAGAUCCUCGUCAGGCACCGAAUGUAGAUCCUCGUCAGGCACCGAGCAUGAAUUCUUUUCAGUUUCCGAACCAGAACUUUAAUUCACGUCAGUACCCGAACUCGGAUUUAUAUCAGUACCCGAACGCUGGUUUACAUCAGUACCCGAACGCUGGUUUACAUCAGUACCCGAACGGAGGCCCACAUAGAAAACAGAACACAGACCCUCGUACAAUUCGUAUGGACGGUCCCCGCCCCAGUUUACUGGGAGCUGCACCUCCACUACUGCAAACUCCAGCCGGCCCUCCGUUGCGACCGCUGGUGCCCGUUUAUGCACCGGCAGGCACUGGCCCUGUCCACAAUUUCUCCAUGUCUUAUGCUAUGAGUCGCUAUGGCUGCGCCGAGACUCGUAACCGAUUCUGAAAAAAGUUAUUGUCUAUGUGGGAAAACGUGCGCAGAUUACCGCUCGCCGUCACUUUGUGAUAAGAAAAACAUCGCAUUGUGAUCCGCCGGGCCAAUUUUUUGCUCAAUACGAACCAAUUUAGGAGCUACUAGGCCAACUUAUUAUGUCCUAUAAUAUUUUUCUGUACUGUAUGUAAUUAAUGGUAUCGCCGAAAGGACCAAAAUAUGUGUUAGUUACAACGUUUAAUCGCUACGCAACGCCGAAUUACACUAUACGCAUACUUUUUGUUCAAAUUCUGAGUUACAUUUUUCAAUAUGUACUUAUAAAAAGACUGAGGCACAUCUUUCUCGUCCAUAAAACAGUACUCAUGGAUAAAUACUUGUAAAUGCAGUAAAUUCCGUUGCAAUGAUGUCGAUAUUAGGUUUUGUGUCUUCCAAAGUGCCAGCUUCAUUUUGGUUAGCACGGCGAUGCAAGUCAUUUUGUUCUUGCAGUCUUGAAUGAAUAUACGUUUACGUUUGUAGUAUAAACUACUUAAUUUUUUCGUUAUUACUGUGCAUUAGCAUGGUCUAGUUGCCUGAAAAUAUGUUCGAGUGUCACUUAUUUCAUUACGAUAUGUAUUUGAUCAAAGUACAAACUUUACUGAUUUGUAUUUACUAUAAUUCAUACUGAUAUUGUGUGAUACUAAUUCAUGUAGUGACUAUAUACUAUGUAAUAGAACUCGCGGAACUUACUCUUUUUUCAUUUUCUGGAUCAUUUAGGCUUUUUUUCUACAAUUUA